AUGGCAGGGAAUGCUAUGUGUCAACAUAUUACAUCUUUCUUCCUGGUUGGUAUUCCUGGGUUGGAAAAUUUUCACUGCUGGAUUGGCAUCCCUGUCUGUUUUCUGUUUGCACUGACCCUGCUGGGGAACAGCAUAAUCCUUGCUACUGUCAAGCUGGAGCCAGGUCUCCACCAGCCUAUGUAUUUCUUCCUUUGCAUGCUGGCAAUGAAUGACAUGUGUCUCACCUGUUCUACAGCUCUGAAAAUGCUUGGCAUCUUCUGGUUUGACGCACACUGGAUCAACUUUGAUGUCUGUCUAACUCAAAUGUAUUUUAUCCAUACCCUGUGCAUCAUGGAGUCAGCCAUCCUAGUAGCCAUGGCAUUUGACAGCUUUGUGGUCAUUUGCAUCCCACUGAAUUAUACAUCAAUCCUGACAACAUCUAUGGUGACUAAACUGGGUCUUGUUUGCCUAAUCAGUGGUGUGAUUUUGACUUUGCCAUGUCCUUUUCUGAUUAAGAGGCUGCCUUACUAUAUAGACUAUGUCAUCCCUCAUGCCUACUGUGAGCACAUGGCUGUGGUGAAAUUGGCAAGUGCCAACACUCUUAUUAACAGAGUAUAUGGAAUCUCAGUAGCUCUUUCAAUAAUAAUAGUGGAUGUAGGACAAAUAGGAACAUCCUAUGUAAAAAUCCUCCAGUCAGUGUUUCGGCUCUCUUCCCAGAAUGCCCACUCUAAAGCCCUGGACACCUGUGCAGCGCAUGUCUGCACUAUCCUUGUCUCCUAUAUACCUGCAUUGUUUAGCUUCCUAACUCACUGCAUUGGCAAGAAUGUACCUCUAAGUAUGCACAUCAGUGUUGCCAGUGUGUACCUUUUAGUACCUUCUGCGGUUAAUCCAGUGGUGUUUGGUGUCAAGACCAAACAGAUUCAUGAUCGAGUGAUAGAUCUUUUCUUUACACACAAGAAACACCCUGAAAAGUAA